AUGCGUCUCCAGGACCCCAUCACUUCCUUUCCGCCAUCUUUGCUGCUCAGAGCAGGUGAAACAGAAGAACCGAACAUGCCUGGAAGACUGUGGAGUAAAGCUAUCUUCAGUGGGUAUAAGCGUGGCCUGAGGAACCAGCGCGAGCACACUGCUCUGCUGAAGGUGGAGGGCUGCUACACCAGAGCUGAGGUCGACUUCUACCUCGGGAAACGCUGCGCCUACGUCUACAAGGCCAAGAAGAACACUGUGACCCCUGGAGGUCAGCCCAAUAAGACCCGUGUGAUCUGGGGGAAGGUGAUGCGAGCUCACGGCAGCAGUGGGAUGGUGCGCGCCAAGUUCAACAGGAACCUGCCAGCAAAGGCCAUUGGCCACCGCAUCAGAGUGAUGCUGUACCCGUCUCGAGUCUGA